AUGGAGCGUGCUUGGAAAUGUGCCACUACAAAAACACAAGAUCACUACACUUGCAAAGCAAACGAAAUAAUCGCAAGCGUCAUUAAGACGGUAGCUCCAGAUUCCGCUCCGCAAUUGUGGGAAGCAGUGAGGACAAAGGGCAAAGUAAGCCAGUUCCUUCAAAUGCCAAGACCUGACAAUGGCCUGGUGCAAGCAAUAGUAGAAUCGUAUAAGCUAGCGGAAAAGGCAGAGACAAGGCGACAACUUCUCAGCAUUUGUGCCAUUAAAGUAACGUAUUCAGAGCUUACUGCACACAUUCCUAAGCUAACAAGAUACGAGUUCACUGCGGCAAGACGGUACGCACUUGAAGUUGGAGCAGGACUCCCUGUUUUAGCACCUUCCGUGAAACAAACAAGAGAAAGGGUGGAUCCUACAAAGCUAGAACACUUCCUUGACUUCAUAACGUCCUCCAAUAUAGUCCAAGAUCUUCCCUUUGGUAGGAGAACUCUUACGUUAAGCAGUGGUGAGAAGAUCGAUAUCCCUAAUGUCAUACGAACGAUGCUGCCUUCCCAUCUCAUCAGACAAUACAACCAGUACUGCAGCGAAGAAGACUUCAUUCCACUUUCUACCCGCACCCUCUUUCGUAUCUUGUCUGAGGCUUGCGUGGCCUCAGUGAGAAAGAGUUUACAGGGCUUAGAUAGCUAUGCAGCGGAGGGCAGGCGUGGUUUUGAUGACCUGAUUUUCCUCCUGGAUACAUUGAUGCAGUAUGGUGCUAACGAUCCUGAAAUACACAAGCUAAAUUAG